AUGUCUCACUCGCACGGCGGCGGUUGCUGCGACCAUGACCAUGGCCCGCAAACCACCGGAAUGGGCGGACCCCCUGGCGGCGGCGGCGGCGGCCCUCCUCAGAUGAACAUCCAGAUCGACGAGCGAAUGCAGCUACUCCUCGACUCUCUGCCGACGCGCAACGUGCCUUUCACGCUUGUGGACGUCCCGCUUCCGGGUAGCCAGCCCCCUCAGACUCAGCAAAUGGUUGUGUGUGCCGAGCACAAGGCGCCCGUCUGUGAGACCUGCUCUGUCAACUUUACGCCUCUGAACUACAUGCACCAGUUCAUGCGGUCCGCUCCCCCCGAGGCUAUCCCUCCCCCUCCCCAGGUGCAGCCGCCUCCUCAUCGCGCGGAGGCUAUCAAGCAGGCCAAGGAGGCCGGAAACGGAAACAUCCCUGGUGCUAUCCAGAACUACUCCCGAUCAGCCGACAUGGCGCUCUCACGGCCACCUUGGGAGCUUGCGGCCAUCUCGCGCGACGAGACUGCCAUUGCCCUCUGCAACCGCUCUGCUGCUUUUGCCGCUGCGGGUGCCUUGCGAGCUCGAGCUCUGGCGGGAAUGGGCCGGCUAGAGGAGGCCCGUCAGGCGAUCGUGGACGGUCUUCAGUUCGAGCCCGAUGAGAAGGAGCUGAACGAUGUUCUUCGGGAGAUUGACCACCAGAUCGAGAUGGUGGAGAAUGGCACUUUCGAGCCGGAGGUUGCUGUCAAGGAGGAGCAGGUCAAGACCGAGGCCAAGCCUGCAGUCAAGGAAGAGGUUAAGGAGGAGAAGGCUUAA